AUGGGCCUCAUCACCAAAGCCAAAGGCGCCCCGAAAUCGGACUCAUCCUCCUCCGGCGGCGGGGUGAAAUACAUCUGCAACAUCUGCUCCCAGGACGUCACUGCCACCGUGCGCAUCCGCUGCGCCUCCAAGCAGUGCCCAGACUACGACCUAUGCGUCGACUGCUUCUCGAAAGGCGAGGCGAAUCUGCACCACGACCCGCGAUCGCACCCAUACCAGGUUAUAGAGCCGCACUCGAUACCUAUAUUCGACGAAGGAUGGGGCGCGGACGAGGAGUUGCUGUUGCUGGAAGGCGCGGAGCAGUACGGGCUAGGCAGCUGGGCGGACAUCGCGGAUCAUAUUGGUGGGUUCAGGGAGAAAGAUGAGGUAAGGGAUCAUUACAUCAGGACGUACGUCGACAGCGCGCUCUUCCCACUGCCGGAACGAGCGAGCCCCGCGGAUAAGCGAUUGAGCGAGGAUGUGCCGCGGGAGGAGUUCCAGGCGAGGAAGAAGAGGAGGAUAGAUGCGAGGAAGGAGGCGAUUGCGGAGGCGCAGAAUGCCGCGCCUGCGGUUCCGACUAAGCCUACUUCUUCUGGGCCGAGCUGUCAUGAGGUUUCUGGGUACAUGCCGGGCCGGCUGGAAUUUGAGAAUGAGUAUUUCAAUGAGGCAGAGGAGGCGGUGCAGCAUAUGCAGUUCUCGCCGGAGGAGGGCGUGAAUCCCGCGACGAGGAUGUUUGAUCCGGAGACGGAGCUGAAGAUGGUUGUGAUGGGGAUCUACAAUGACCGGUUGACGGCAAGAACGGAUCGGAAAAGAGUCAUCUUCAACCAUCAGCUAUUAGAAUACCGGAAAAACCUGGCGCAGGACAAGAAGCGGACCAAGGAGCAGCGGGAUCUGCACCAUAAGCUCAAGCCCUUCGCGCGAAUGAUGAGCCAUCCGGACUUUGUCUCCUUUUCCGAGGAUCUGGAAAAGGAGCACAACCUGCGACAAGCCAUCGCACAACUACAGGAGUGGCGGCGCAUGCGCAUAUCCACCCUUGCCACAGGCGAGAAAUACGAGUCCGAGAAGGCGCAACGCAUCGCGCGCACGGCGAACCAAAAUCUAGGCCAAUUCGACCGCAUGACGAACGGCGUUCGCGUUGGAAAGGGAGGUCCGCAGCCACCGCCAGAGACCGCAGAGGCUGUAGUCGAAUACACGACCAAAGACCUACCCGUUCGCCUUUCACUCACAAACCCCAACACCAGCGCCACAACCGCUCCAGCAACCAACGGCGCCCUCCCCACCCCUCCACCGGGCCAAGACAACGCACCCGUCAAACGCGCACCCGUACCCUCAGUACCAGGCAUGGCGCCCAUUUCUCUCUCAGCAGACACCUCACCCGACCUGCAGCUCCUGCUCCCCGAAGAGCGCGAGCUCUGCUCCAAACUCAACAUCCAACCUAAAGCCUACCUCGCGAUCAAAGACGCCAUUUUCCGCGAGGCGAUGAAGAGUGACGGUAAACUUAAGAAGAAGAAUGUCCGGGAGAUUUCGCGGAUCGAUACGACGAGGGGUGGGAGGGUGUUUGAGUUUUUGGUUGAGGUGGGGUGGUUGGGGAGUGCGAGUACGCGGUAG